AUGGCAUUAAGACCAGGUCUCAUGACGCGGGGUCUGUCUGCAGCUUCACAGCCCAGCGACACCGGGUCUCCAGCUGAACAGCGGGUUGAUGCAAAGCAGAAUAUGCUGAAGGCGAUGCGUGCUCUGCCUACUCAGCAUGUUUGGAAUGUGUACUUUGACAGACAACAAAAGGAGCAACCGAAGGCCGAAGACGGCACAUAUACGGCCACCCUCGAGCAAAUCGGUUCUCAGAUCGAGUCCGUCCAGGACUUCUGGAGAUACAACAAUAAUACACCGGUGGAGAACAUUAAGAUGCGAGAAUCGAUAUACCUUUUCAAGCAAGGCUUUCAGCCAGUGUGGGAGGACCGAAGAAAUAUAAACGGUGGAAGUUGGACUUUCCGGGUGCCAAAAGCCAGCGGACCAGACUUCUGGACGAGAGUGCAGUUGAUGGCUAUUGGUGAGAAGUUACAAGGCUGUCUUGAUCUUGGAGACCAACUUUGCGGUGUUGGGCUUUCCGUACGAUUCAAUUCCCACCUCAUCUCCAUUUGGCACAGGGAUGCCUCGAAGCAAAAGUCGAUCGAUGCCAUUCUCCAAAUCGUGUUAGAAGAGCUACCCGAGGAACUCAAACCAAAGCCAGACAACUACUUUUACAAGAAGCACUCUGACCACGCUGGAUUUAAGGCUCCACCAGCGGCAGCCAACCCACAAAUUCCCACCAUCGACGCACCAAGUUCAUGA